AUGCCGAAGCGAUCCUUAGACAUCUCAGACGCCAUGCCGGGUAGCGAACGAGUCCCGCCUGUCAAGGUACAAAAGACCGAACGAUCCCACGAAGAAAACCAGGAAAGGGCCUACAUUGCCGCGUCCAGACGAGCCGACCGGAGCUUAGAGGCUAGAGUGCAGUCCGCCCGCCAAGCAUCCGAAAUUCAUCGACGACGGACGGGCCGAGGUCUCAAAGUGAGCGAGGAGAUCGUAUUAAAGGAAGAAAUGUACGAGGAAGAGGAGGACGAAAUUCCCCGCCAUUACAAGUACCUCACUGCCCAUUUACAAACGAACUCGCCGGAUAUGAACCAUCGUGUGAACGCGUACAUCACUACCCAAGCAGCGAUGGCCACCAUGGCCAGAUACAACGAAGUCAAUCGACUUUUUAGCGAAUCAUUUCCAACCGCUAUGACUUACCAGCAGAAUCUGGGCAAUUCCAUGUAUAUGGCGCCGCUCAUGAACAGCGACGCUAACUUUUCCCAUCGGCUAUCCACAUCGGGGUCUGCUCAAGGAUCUCCAGCAACCAGAACCCAGUCAGUCUCAUCUCAGUCGCAGUUCGACAGGAGGGAUUCUAUUACGACUGGGACCCCGAUACACACUCCAGCUACAACAACAUCGUCCCCGCCAGCAUUAACGCCUGCGUCGUCAACGGAUGCAGAUAUGUCUGACUCAAAGAGUACACCUUAUCAGACUCCCUCUGCCUUCCCAAAUCUUCAUCUAGAUCCACAACUGGCGCAGCAGUCUACAUCCUCUUCCAUAUUCACAUCCGAACUUUCAAAUGAGGUGAAGAUGAUGGCCAAUAUUGACAUGAGCGAUCCAAUGGCGAUGCACUUCAUGGAUGAGAAUCCUUCGACCUACCAGAUGUUUGGACCCUACCCGAGCGAAAUUUCAACACAAGAUAACAGCGCUAAGACCAGUACAGUAGACCAAGGGGCCGAAACAUUCUCGCCAUAUAGCAAUCCUCUUCAAGAAGACUACUUCCCCACCUCAAUAGAGGGUACCAUGGGACUUUCAGAUGUUUCUAUUGAUAACUAUAGCCGCCUAGGUACACCAGCUGGUGGGACAGGGGGUGACACCUGGGAGAGUUUCGUUGAUUUCGGAUCUGAGCAAUAA